CUGUCUAGUCUUGAGGGGCAUGGAAGUGUCCUCACCUCCAUCUAUCCUUGAAGAGGGCAGAUUCUGGUGAUUGGGAAGCAGGAGAAUGAGGUCCAGACAGGGCUACCAAGUAGGGGAAGAUCAGGAUUGAGGAAUGUGGGAGGUGGGGGCCAGGCCCGGCCCAGAUGCAGAGGCUGAAGCCAGCAGCAAGUAGCAGAAACACAAGUCCUGGGCUUUUAGAAGGUGAAAGAACCAACUAAGACCCAGCAGGCAGGAGGAGUGCCCACCUCCUCCCCCACUCAGUGUCCAGCCAUGUCCUGGUCUGGGGGACUCGGAAGGAGGAAGACCAGGACCCCGGGGCCUCCAGUGCGCAGUAUCCGGCCCUUUAAGUCCAGUGAGCAGUAUCUAGAAGCCAUGAAGGAAGACCUGGCUGAGUGGCUUCGGGAUCUGUACGGACUGGACAUAGAUGCGGCCAAUUUCCUGCAGGUGCUGGAGACGGGCCUAGUGCUGUGUCAGCACGCCAACGCCAUCACUGAGGCUGCCCUGGCCUUCUUGGCUGAGGCUCCUGCCCAAGCCCAAAAGGUUCACAUGCCGCAGGCUGGGGUUGUUUGUAAUGGGGCCGCCCAACCAGGCACCUUCCAGGCUCGGGACAACAUUUCCAACUUCAUCCAGUGGUGUCGGAAGGAGAUGGGCAUCCAAGAGGUGCUGAUGUUCGAGACCGAGGACUUGGUGCUGCGCAAGAACGUGAAGAACGUGGUGCUGUGCCUACUGGAGCUGGGUCGCCAGGCCUGGCGCUUUGGCGUGGCGGCGCCCACGCUGGUGCAGCUGGAGGAGGAGAUCGAGCAAGAGCUGCGCGCAGAGCUGGCGCUGUCCCCGCCUGACCCCCCGCCGCCCCCGCCACCCCCGCGCAGGCCCUGCCACUUCCACAACCUGGACCAGAUGGUGCAGAACCUCGUGAGUCACUGCACAUGCCCUGUCCAAUUCUCCAUGAUCAAAGUGUCUGACGGGAAGUACCGAGUGGGAGACUCCAACACCCUCAUCUUCAUCCGGAUUCUCCGGAACCACGUGAUGGUGCGUGUGGGGGGCGGCUGGGACACACUCGGCCAUUAUCUGGACAAACACGACCCCUGCCGGUGCACAUCCCUCUCACACAAGACGGGCAGCUUUCUGAAGUCCCCUCCCCAGCCAGCACAGCAUGAGGUGAUGGUACAGGAUGGACCCUCACAGCCCCAGCCUACGAUGACGAUCAGCCGCUCCCAGAGCCCACUGCCCCCUGUGGACUGGAAGAUCUAUACCUCUUUUGGGCGAAAGCUGAGGUCCCCAGCCUGCUCCUCCCCCAGAUCUUGCAGAGAACAGGGAGAAGGAACAGGGGUCCUUAGAGAGACUGCACCACUGCUGAGGUUCCAGGAGAAGUCACUUGCCCCAUCUGGGAGGCAGCUACCAGCUGGGGACAGUUCAUCUAAUCUCCAGCACUCAUUCACCCACAGCAACCAGAGCUCAUGGUACACAUCUUCAGGAAAGAAUAGAGACCCUCCUGAGCUCCCCCAGAAAAGGCCUCUGACACCUUGGGUUCAUGAGGAAACAGACAUCUGGGGAAUCCAUGACAGGAUUCUCACACCCCAGAAACUCCCAACUUCUAAGGCCUCCAACAAACAGACACAAGCAAGAGGGCCAUCUCCUCCACCUCGUUCCUGCAGCCCAGUCAAGUCUGUGGGUCUCAGGCCACCACCUUGGGGUGAGGCUGAGGGUACUUCUUCCUCCCAUUUCAGGGAACCAGCAUCUGUCCAUUCUCCAUCCCCUAUUAAAGGACCCACCAAGAUCCCUGUCCGACUGGCCCCUGCCCACCCCCCCACUCCAGGAAGAGAUUUUGCUGGUACUGCAAAUGAAGGUCCUACGGCAGAAUUGGAGAGAGGUCUGCUCCCAUUAAAUGUCAUCACAGGGAACCUGUCUGGGUUCAGAUACAGGAAUUGUGCUGCAGAAGGAAGGCCGGGAGACCAGAAGCUGGGCAUCUGGGUAACAGCAGAGUCUGGACAGCCUCAGGGCCAGAACCCACAGGAGCCAGAGGGCAGGUCCACACCCCUGCCACAGGGAAGGACCAAGGAAAAAGCAAUCUUCCACCACCUGGAGGAGAAGCUUUUGGCCAAUAUGAAACUGCUAGAGGUGGGGGAUGGCAGGCCCCAGAGCACAGGGUCUGGGGUCAUCCCUCGAAGUGGAGUCUACGUCCCUAGCCUGGGUGGUCAGUGGCCUGAACAUGGGGGUCCUUAUGACAAAGUCAUCCAAGAACUGGCUCAGGGCCUGCCAUCCCUCCUUAAAGUAGACCUGGGGGCCUGGCAGGUAUCACCUCCAGGUUCCCCUAAGCCAACUGUUACUCCAAGCCUGGGAAGCCCAACAAGGCAGCUAGAAGUCAAACAGAGCAGGCCAAGAACAAAAGGGAACCUGAGUAUCAAGGGCAGCACCAGAAGGAGGAAAGCCUCACCUCAGGAGGGAGAGGAUUUCUCAUCCCCUUCUGUGAGUGUUAGCCCAGAGACCCUUGCACCUUCACCUUCAGACCCCAGUUCUGACAAAGCAAAAGCAUUCCCAGUCAAGGGCAAGAGAACACUCCGAAAACCACAGAGAAUCCCAUCCAUCUAUAAACUGAAGCUGAGACCCAGGAUCCGACCCAGGAGGGACCACAGGCCUGAGAAGCGGCCUUCCCGUAUCCCCAAGCCACUGACCUACCUCCACCUGGGUGCAGCUAGGGGGCCUCCCAGGCCCAGGUUGAUGAGAACAGCUGUGGGCAGCAAGGGUAAGGAGACAUCCCUGGAUGUAGUCUUAUUGGGGGAGAAAGAAAAGGAAGGAAAAGAGAGGAAGGAUCCAGCCACCCAACUGGAGAAUAGCCCCCAGCUGAUGGAGGGUCUGGGGCCUCAGAAGUUUGAUCCAGUCCCACUGCCACCUGAGGAGGAGUCCUGGGUCUGAAGAAGGCUUUUCACACACACGGAGGGGCUACCAAGGAGAAGAGAACUGAAAAAGGAUGCUUGUAUGCUUUGGGCUCCCAGCUGCAGGAGCAAAAGGAACUUAAGUUCCUCACUUAAGUACAGAACUUUGGCCAGGAGAGGACUAGAACCCAGGAAGACAAACAUCAAUUCAAUCUGCUCAGCUGAGGGGAAGGUAAAGGGGCAAACCAUUACUCCCACUACUGAUUCAGACACAGUGAGGCCACAGUGAGGUAUCUUAAUGCCCUCAUCCAAAACAAUUUUCCAAACUCCUAGCCUAUGGUCUGUCCACCAUUUCCAACAACUCUUUCACAUUUUUCUUUUCCUACUGUUGGGGCUUGGCACCUGUAUAGUUCCAUCAUUCUUGAUGGCCUCUUCUUCCCAUCCCUUUCAGUAUCAGACAGAAAAGGAGACAGAGAGGAAGAGAGUGCAGAGAGAGGAGAGACACCAACAGCACUGCUCCAUUUGUGAAGUUUCCCUUGUGCUCCCUUGUGGUGGCCAGUGGAUCAAAUCUGGGUCCUCAUGGAUGGUGAAGAGUGUGUUCUUUAAAGUUAUUGAACAUCUGUGAGUCUG